UUUAACUUGCUGUUGAACUGGGAAAAGUUCUUGUCUGACGUUCAUCUGAAGACAUUUUCUUUCGCAUCGCAUCAUCUGCUUGACGGGCAAUAGAAUGAGAUUUUACUACAGAAUAACUUUGGCACUGGCAGUAAUAUGCCUUUUUGGGGAGAGCGGACUGGGAGCCCCAGCCAACGGCAGGUAUAUGUAUGUGAAAUGCAAGCCAGAUGAUAAGGAAGCAAAAUGUGUCACAUUUAAGGGCCCCUUGGUGCCCCUAGAAGGGAAAAGCUCUCGACUUCCGGCUACUGCUGUAAAAGACAUUUUCCCAGUUUCCACAGAGGAAGACAUUCCUGAGAUGGAGGAGCAGUCAGGUUCAGGUGACUCCGACACCUUCGCUCCUUUUAUUAACACGGAUGAGCAGCUGAUGAGAGACGAGCCAAAGCAAGAAGUCACCAAGAGUGAAGAGGAGGGAUCGACCGUCGAGUCCAGUGGAGACUUCGAUUACUCCGACUAUGUUAAACCUCAGAAAAUAGAUUGGCUUUCUGAAAAGGAUUUGAAAGAGGAAAACAUUAUUGCGUAAAGGGCUACAUUACAUCUCAUGUGCUUUUUCUUUUCUUUUUUUUGUACAAUGUGAACCAUACGGGAUGCUGCUUUUUUGGUCACAGAUAUAAUUAAUAUAUAUUCUUAAACUGUGACUCUGCAAAAGUUUUAUUGUAUUCCAGUUUGCAUUGUAAGGAUCUAUUUUUUAUUUGCUCAUCAACUUUGAAACUUUUAUAUUAUUAUUAUUUUAUUUACUCUUAAUGUCCACAGUGUGACCCAUGGUCUGUAUUAAAACGAUUUUAACUCA